AUGGCUGCUAACUUUUGUGAUUCGGCAGCCAACUCAACCGAGUCUCGGUUCAAAGCCUACGGCGGAUGGAAGUGGACCUUGUUGGACGCCCACCACAAGCGCGUCAGGUACCUGCCCGUCCGCCAGCGUGUUCUCCCCCUCAUUCUUCCUCUUCCUGCGACUUUCUGCCCCGUCAGCAGGGUGCAGUACAAGACCCGGUGCGCAGCUCACACGCCUGCAGCGUACGGCCAGAUCAAUGCCCAGUAUUACUUUCUUGCUGCGCGUCUUGACCGUGGCAGUCACCGAUACUUUUAUCGCAGAAGCGUCGACGAGAAAGGUUAUGGGCGGUCGAGCCGCUUGCGCUUUGCCUCUGAUUUGAGACAGACGCUAGGGACCGUCUACGGACCAAAAAAUCUACUUCCUCCCUACUCGAUCACCACCGAUGAGAGAUAUCUGGACGACGGGGUGAAUGGCGACGUCGCGAAGCAUGAGAUGUCUCCGGACAAUGGCAAGGGGCUUGCGGCAAUACCCCGACAACCCGUCACAGCGAGUUCCUCCACGGAGGCCCGGGUGGCGGGGCCCGUGUCGACCUCGAUAAACGACCUCCCCGAAGACGAGAUGCAGCACAUUACGGCCGAAAUCAUGCCUCUGAACGUCCUUCUCAUGAGACUCGCGCAGCGGACCUAUCUCAGCUUCAUAGCACCACCUAUUCUGAUGACCGUGGCGGCAAUCUACUCGGGGCUUUUCGUCUUCACGCUCCUUGCCUCGUGGUACGCCGUUUCGAGGUUGGGGCGUGACUGGCGGGCGAGGUAUGCUUAUUUCCUCGUCAUCAGCAAGGCCCUCUCGAUAAUCGGCUCAUCCUCCUGUGGCUCUCGGUCGGGUUUUUCGCCCGGCAAUCUCCGCCUCCUCUGGGCCAGCAUUCUCGCCGCCGCCGUCGCGCACACCAUCCUAGCGGCCGCGGUCCUGACCAUCGGGGGCGUCGUUUGGCGGAGGAGCCUCCGCCCAGACACGAAGGAGGGCGACCCGAGCAGCACCGGCCCAGGACCGGAAGGCGGCGACUCAAGGUGGGCAACGAUGGCAACUCCGCCCGUCGCAGCUGGGUUCAGCGAUGAUGGCAACAAUCACAAGCACGCUUUGCUAUAA